AUGACGUUGCCUUCGGCUCCUUGUGUUUUGGCUCUGGUACUGACCACAGUACUCGCAAAUAAGGUUUCAGGAAAAAUAACUGGGGGCAGCGACGCUCGACUCAGAGAGUUUCCUUAUUCUGUGAGCCUUAGAACAUACGACUUUGAAGGGUUGGGUCACUUUUGUGGCGGAGCAAUUGUGAGUCCAAGUCUUGUGAUCACUGCUGGUGCCUGCACUGAUCCAGCCAGCCCAAAAAUUGAUGAGAUAGUUGCUGGAACACUGAACAGGGUGAUUGCCUAUCCUGGCCAACAAGUACGAAAACCAAGGACCAUAGUUCCACACCCUGGAUACACAUUUCCGCCAUACAAUGACAUCUCCCUUAUCUUCCUUGACGAACCCUUUGUGUUUCACGAAAAUAUUUCUGCAGUUGCCCUGCCAGAAGUUAAUCAAACCACAUAUCCAAAUCCGGUUGUGGUAAAUGGCUGGGGGGCCGAGCAGUACGGUUUACCAAUGUCAGAAGUGCUACAACGUGUCACAUUGGACACUUACAGUGACGAGUAUUGUGCUGAAUUCAUGAAUGCAGAGGUUCCUCCGAGCCUUCUCUGCGCUGGGACGAAUGAAGGUGGGAUUGGCGCCUGCAUUGGGGACGCUGGUGCUCCAGUGACUGCCACGACCGACAAAGUAUACUUGGCUGGGGUAUUGUCGCAUUUUGGAUGCACUGAUUCCCAGUGCUGCGGUUUUCCUGGUCCAAUGAAUCAUAACCCGGAAGUUGUACAUUACCUGGAAUGGAUUCUGCAGCAGAACAGGAUUCAUAAUGGGGGCUUGUGACGACUUUAUGCAGCCUCGCAGUAAUCGAUAGCUCACCUAUUUUAAAACCAGCUUCAAUUUGUACUCAAAUGUAAAUAGUUGUAAUUUGACAGGGGUAGCAUGUGCAUAAUAAAUGUCUAGUUAAGUAAUUGAAUUGAA